AUGACAUUCUCAAGUGACGAGGAUUCAUCCCAAGAAUCAUUAAUGUCUAGCAGGAAAAAGUCGAUCACAUGGGACGAAAAAACAAUUAGUGAGCACGACAAGGAACGUGGGACCAGAACCAAAAUCACAGAGGUAUCUACACCUUUCUGCUACAUGUCGGAUGCGGACUCACAAGAUGAUUCGGGCAGUAGCUACAAGGACUCAGAUGCGCAAGAACUUACAAAGGAGUUAUCCGACCGAUUGGAUGCCAUUAAAAAUUCACAAGACAAAAAAUCACGCUUCGAAGAGCUUCGUAAAAAGCACUACAGUCGCGAAUACAUAAGACAUCGUGUACAUCAUGGCGAAGAACAAAGCAGUGAUGAUGAGUAUCAUCAUGACCAAUGCAAGGAACCGAAUGACAAAUUUGUCAAUUACAGCACCUUCGACGACGUAACUACGGCAAAAUGA